CCAGGUCCCUCCCAGCCUCCCCCGCUCCUCACGAUGGCGGCGGAGGCUCCGCAGGGCGCGGGCGGUGCGCGGUAGUUCCGCCGUUCCUAUGGGGCUCUGCGGCCUCCCGGGGCCUCUCUCCCGCCGCCUCUGCGCCCUGUUCUGCGCCCUGUUCUGCGCGCUGGGCUCCGCGGCCGCGGCGGUGGCGAACGAGGAGAGGAGGUCGGCCAUCCCAGUGGCUGCCACCCCCUGCUGGAGGGUGGAGGAGUUCGUGGUGGCCCAGGAGUGCAGCCGCUGCUCCAGCUUCCAGGCAAAGACAAUCCCCGAGUGUCACCCCACGGGUUUCAUCGAGAAGAUCAACUGUGCCACGUCCAAGAGGGGGGAAUUUAAGAGCUGCCGCUCAGCGGUGCUGGAAGCUCACGUGUUUUGGAGGUUCGUGGGGAGCAUGAUGGGAGUGGCUGCAGUUUUUGGGGUGCUGGUUGUCUGUCGCCAACGGGUGCUGGACAGGAAAGCCCUGGAAAAAGUCCGGAAACAAAUCGAAUCCAUCUGAACCCAAACCUGAAGCUGAACCCCCUUUUCCUCCUCCCUUUUUCCCCCCGGGGUGUUCCCCAAAAGGGGAAGGGGGUGGGGGAGGUAAUAAAUGCUGAUUUUUUGUUG